CUCCAAUCUCCCCCAUCAAAUCAUCUUACACACUUCCCCUCAUCUCUCAUCUCUCUCUCUAUACCCUCAACCCAUUACACAAUACUAUUCAAACCUUUUACACAAACACAACAAUGGCUAUCAGCAAAAAAUCAAACAAGCUACCUCAAACAGCAGCUUUAAAGCAAAUUCUGAAGAGAUGCUCAAGCUUUGGGAAGAAAAAUGUGUACAACAAUGAAUGUGGUCUUCCGGACGAUGUGCCAAAGGGGCAUUUUGCAGUGUAUGUCGGUGAAAACAGAAGCAGAUAUAUUAUCCCAAUUACAUGGCUGGGGCAUCCAGAGUUCCAAACUCUUCUCCAAAGAGCUGAGGAGGAGUUUGGAUUUAACCACGACAUGGGUUUAACUAUUCCUUGCGAAGAAGUCGUUUUUCGCUCUCUAAUCUACCAAAUAUAUUGAUUUCUUGAUCGUCGUCUGGGUGAUAAAGAAAAGGAAGGGUUUUUCUUUUUUGGGUUUCUGCAGAAUGUGCAACAGAAAUGAAGCUUAUUGCUAGCUGCGUCAUUCUUUUUUCACGCUUUCUGCAAACCUUGAUUAAUUUGUAAUAUAAAUUGAUGUAUAUGUCGUCGAAACUUGGUGGCUCUAAUUAACAGUGAUUUAUUAACGUUAGUGAUUGUAUAUUGAUGAUGCUUAUGAUCAUAUGUAAGGAGUUAUUCUUCAGUGAGACAUUUAAUGAAGGACUUCAAGGGGA